AUGGACUCUCUUGUGGCAGCAAUGUGGCACAAUGAGAACUUAAGCAUGCUGCACUCCCUGCCCGAUGAUGUUGUCAUCAAGAUCAUCGGGAUGUUAAGCAACAGCGGCAUCGAUUGCAUCCGACGCGUUGCACGAAGAUUUCCGCCCCUGUGCGUUCGCGAAGUUUUGAGUCCACUGCGAGGAAGUAACCCGACGAUAUCGGAGACCGGCCCAUUCUACUGGCCCUGCUUCGAAGCUUCCUCCUAUCUCCGGCCACAGUUCUUGGAGCUCGUCGACCGAGACGAGUACUGCAAUGGCUGCCAGGCGGCCCGGAAGUCGCUUCUCUGGGAGCAGAGGCUCCACAACCUCACCAAAUACAUGCACUGUUCCGCCUGCGCUGCAGACCACCCCGCAUGUCUUUUCUCAGAAAGUCAACGCCGCAAGCCGGCACGGCUUCGACGGUGUAUUGCGCACGAGGGCUACAUACGGAUAUGUGGUCAUCCAGAGGGUGUUGUGCGUCUGCCUCAAGCCUUGAACCUGAAACGCAAGCAGCUGGGGCGCCUGAGGAGUGAUGCUGCUACCAAAAUCCAGUGCAGAGAUCCCAGUCAUGUUGUACAAUGCAGCAGCGUACAAAGAAAAGAUUUGGCGAAGCCUUACAGUCCCGGAUGCAGAGCUCGAGUUUGCACCGAGUAUUACCAGUCGCCAACGGUCUCGGCGCACGAACAGAUCCCCAACCAGAUUGAUAUCCAAUGGACCACUCACGUACCAUUCAACGGUCAGAUGGACGCUCUACGGCCCAAGCUAUUGGAGAUCCGAGAGAACGCUGGGAAAUACAUUUUCCCAUGCCCAAUGACUGCCAAGGAAAAUCCCGAACUUCGCUGCUUUGACCCAAACGACUGCCACUGCACCGUCUACAAAGGGGCCGAGAACGUACGAUGGGAGUGGAAGGGCGGGUCUUGGCGACCGGGGAGGACGAAAUGCAUCAGUGACCCUGCCAGGAGAUUAGAUUCUCUGCAGCCCUCACCAUCGUUUGGUAGAACCCCAUCCGCGGUCGUCCGUGGUAUCGCGCGAAGUCUCAAGACAAUCAUAGCGCCAAAAUGCCCGGCAGUGUCGAGAAGGCAUCAGAGUCGCGCACAACACGCGCCUCGAGCGUACAGUAAGGGGGCGUGCUUCGUGGACGUCAAGCCGUGCCAUGCUAGCAAGAAUUGCCUCGUGGUAGACUACAUGCGAAGUCUAGUUGUUUGUGAAGAUGGAAAGCUCUAUAAACGAUGGUACAACGCUCUUGACCCUUCGUCAUAUAACAUCACAGCUGAUCAGGACGGGCUGGGGAUGUACUGGUGCUGGCAGCCUCACUGCCGCAACUACUUCAAAGGUGUCCCAAAUUAUGCGGGCAUACUUCGCGGCCUCGAGUUCCGCAAAGAAUGUCAACAUUAUGAUUGUCAGUGA